UAUUCUCAGAUAUGACUUUAUAAAUAAGAAUUAUAUUUUACAAAGUAAUUAUUUUUUUUAUUAUAUUUUCUUGAUACAAAGUUUUAUAAUAAUAAAAUGAUUUUACAUGCAAAAUAUCGUUAAAUUUGGUCCAUAAAUAAAAAAGUUAUAAGUUAUAUUCGAAUAACGUUCUAUAAAAGUCAUAUCCGUAGCGGACAGAAGAUACCAAAUAUGACUUAUAUUUUAUAAAUUGAUUAUUUUUUUAUUAACUUUUCUUGAUACAGUGUUUUAUAAUAAAAAAUGAUUUUAUAUUCAAUAGAUCGUUUAAUUUGGUUCAUAAAUAAAAAAGUAUUUACAUAAAUAACCACAAACCAGGGAAGGGAUUUUCUGUGUGUCACGCAGUUACAUGUGCUGCAUGUGCGUGGAAAUAACUUAUUAUAGAACAUAUCAAAUGGAGGAGUGGAAACUGGAUAAAAAAUAAUGUUUGUUCAAUUAAUGAAUAUUUGUAAAUCAUUUAUAUGGUCACACGUUUACAAUUGAUUUCAAUUUUUUUUAAAUAUAGGGUAUUGAAUGCCAACCACAGGUGCUUGAAGCAAACUUUUUAUGCACCCCGAAAAAUUUCGGGGGAGCAUAUAGUCGGCGCCUUGUCCGUCUGUCUGUCUGUCCGUCCCUCCGUCUGUCCGUCCGUUGUCUUGUCCGGAGCAUAACUUGAAAACCCAUGGAGAUAAUUUGUUGAAACUUCAUACACUGGUAGAGGGCAUUGAGGGGGAGUGCAGUGUCAAAGAACCAUAACUCUAUUUUGCCCGGUUUUUGAAUUAUCUCCCCUUAUAGAAAAAUCUUGUCCGGGGCAUAACUCUAAAACUAUAAGAGAUAUCAACAUGAAACUUUGUAGGUAGAUAUAUCUCAAUGGGUAGAUAUGCAGUGCACAAGAAUCAUAACUCUGCCUUGCCUAAUUCUGGAGUUAUUGCCCUUUGUUUAUUUUUACUUUUUGAAGUUGUCCGGGACAUAACUCGGAAAUCAUAAGAGAUAUCAUCAAGAAACUUUGUAGGUUGAUAGAUCACAUUGAUAAGGAUUAGAAGUGCAGUGCAAAGAACAGUAACUCUGCCUUGCCUAAUUUUGGACUUUAAACUUUUUCCAGGGACAUAACUCUAAAACUUCAUGAGGUGUACUUUCCUGUGUCCAAAACCUAUUCGGGGAGCAUCACCCGGCUCAAACCGGGCUCUUGUUUAUGUUCUAUAUGGGCUAUAUACUAAGUAUAUACUAUAAUCUUAAUAUACAUAUAUAUAUAUAAUAUAGGCCGAUUAUGUAGAAUAUUUGAUAAAGUGACAAGCGCCUGUGAUGCCAAAUGUUUUCAAACAUUUUUUUUCCAAAAUGAAAAUGAAAAUCACACCAAAUUACCUCCCUGUGUCUCUAACAAAUACUGCCGAAUUUCUUUGUAAUCUCGCACGUCUGCUAAGUGGGUGUAAAGACCCCUCAAUUCAGAUUUUAAAAAGGGAAAAUGCCAAGAAAAAGUGUGUCAGUGUUUCUUUGUAUGAAUUAAAUUAUGAUUAUAAAAUGUUAAACUUUAAUAAUUAUUCAGGUUGUAAACACUAUAAUUUGCUUAUUAAACCACGGUAUAUUUUGAACAGCAAGGACGGGAUUUAACCUAAUCAAUAACUUCGUAAUUGCAGCAACAACAAUAAAAUUAGAAUGGAAAAUGCUUUAAACUUUAAAGUUAUAGUCAUUAGUUGUCAUUUAUAGUUAUAUGAUAAAAGAAAUAAACAAAUUGUUCAGUUUUCAUAGCUUAUUUAUCUUUUUUUGUUUUAUCAAAUGGUUUCUUUACAAUAUGCAUAUGUUUAAUUACAACUGCAUAGAGUCGUCAGUGUCCUUAUGGAACAUUAAAAAAAUCUUGAAAGCUAAAUAUUGCCUGGCAAUUGAUAUAUCGCUGUAUCGCCGAUAAUUCCUUACUGAUAUAUCAAUACAAAAAUACUGAUCGAUAACAUCUCUACUCUAUUUUUUUCUCCCUGUAAUUGAUUUUUUUUAGGAACACAUAUCAUAUUUACCCAGUAUUUUGGACUUUGAAUUGCAAUUCAAGACCAUAAUUACUUAUUUAUAUAAAAUCUAACAUAAUACUUUUGUUUUGUUUGUAUAGAUAUUGAUAGAGUAUCAGGAUGGCACAUCAACUUCAUUUAGAGAAGGAAAAAUACAGGCAGUGGGUAAAGGCUGGUUUAGGACUUGGAUAUUUAAAGGAUGGACUGGUACCAUUCUGUAAUGACAUAGCUGACCAACAACAUAAGGAUAUCUUACAAAACAUUCGUUCUACAAAAUCACUACCAUCAAUUGUGACGUGUGGCAGCUGUCAAGUUGAAACUCUCAAGCCAGACCAUAAGCCAGUAGGGAAUGCUAAAAACAGAGUUUGUCCUCUUGGACAAGUAAAAUGCAGCUGUUGCUUUAAGGGCAAAAAUGCUUGUCCGAACAACAUAUGUGGCGCCAUCUAUGACUUUAUUGUUCAGCAUCAUUCAUCCACGCCACCUGCACCUAACUGGAAAAACAGCGAUGCUCUACAGUGGGUGACAGAUCCUUGGAGCAUUUGUAAGUGUUUUAUAAAUGCUCCAGGGUACGAGCAGAAACAAUCUGCUGGUGAAACUGAUUGUACUGGGUUAUUACAUCUAAUGAUAAAUAACCAGUAUUUUCAUAGCCACAUUGGAUGUGAUGUCACAGUAACAAACAAUCUUUUUACAAAGGUUCGUCACUAUAGAAAUGCUAUCUUUCACUCAAGCAGCAUGGAAUUAGAAGAAAGUGAGGCAAAUACUUACUUAGACGAUAUGAUAGCAGUUUUACAAGAUGGUAAAGAGCUAUUACACCGAUCAGAUGCCCAGAUAGCAGUGAAGAAACUUCAAGAUCUGAAGAAGAAAGACUUCAUUAUCACUACAGAAGGGUUUGAAGAAAUUUUGAGCCAUAUCAAAGACGAAAUGACGAAAAUUCGGAAAUCAUCAGAGGGAUACGAGGGACUUAAACAAGAAUUCAUUGAACUUAAAGCACAGAUGACCAAAGAGAAGGAGGAAGCUGAGAAAAAACAUACAGAAUUAAAAAGAAAAUUUACUGUUCUUGAAACAGAACAAAAAGAGGAGAUAAAAAGAAUCAAAGUAGAAGACUCUCCUGAACAAAAACAGUUAGAAAAUGAAAAAUCGAAAUCAGGUUGUCGCACUCAAUUGAUUGAACAUUAUCAGAGUGAUGUGCUUAAAGUAUCAGCAAUACCUUUGCAACCAGAUGAGGAAAAUUAUAACUUUAGUGACGUUUAUAUAAGACCCACUAUAACAAUCAAGAUAGAAAAGAAUAGAGGGGAGUCUGAGGAAAAAGAAAUAAAGUCCAUAUCAGAGAUUUUCACAAAGAAUGGGGAACCACAAAAAUUUAUUUAUGUUGUUGGAAAUGCAGGGUCUGGUAAGAGUAGUUUCUGUAAAUAUUUGAUCAACUGUUGGUGUAUGGCACAUAGUGAUGGACACAAUGAAGAUGAUGAGUUUGGUGGAGUCAAGGAAAUGAAGAAAUUUGAUUUCAUGUUUUAUAUUUCUCUUAGACAUAACAUAAAAAGGCUAAAUAUCCAAGAAAUGCUUGAAAUGCGAUAUAAUAAGAUAAAAAUGUUAAGAAAACUUAUGGAAAAUGAUUCUGAAAAGGUUAUUAUUUUGCUUGAUGGUUUAGAUGAAUGGUCUUUUGACAGUGAGACUAGCAAUGAGUUCCAGGCAGGCCUACCUGAACGUGACUUUACAAUGAAAUACACAAUUGUUACUACAUCACGGCCAUGGAAAAUUCACAGUUUGAAAGUUAGUAAUAGAGAGAUUCAUCAAUUAUUGAAAUUAAAAGGGUUUGAUGAAACACAUGAAAUAGAUAUGAUCAAGAAAACAAUAACAGCAUUGAACGAAUCAUUAGAUCCUAGUGAGUGUGAAAAAAAGCUUAAUGCACAGUCUCUGGUUGGAUUGAAACAGGUACCAAUUAUGCUGCAGCAAUUGGUGUGUCUAUGGUGUGAUGGUAAACUUGAUAAAACCUCAAGGUGUGCUAUUUAUACUGGUAUGUUAGAACUUUAUUUCACCUGGAAUAUCAAUAAAACUUUAGGAACUAAUGUAGAAUGUAUGGAAAGUUCUCAGAGUGUUGUACUCCCUAAGGAUUUAACAGAUGUACAUAUAUGUAGAUUAAAUAGUCAUUUUAUAUACUGUGUGUCACACUUGGCUUAUGAGACACUGUUCAAUUAUCCGAAGGAUAAGUCCUUAACAUUUGACAAAUAUGUGUUCAAUGAUUUACAAAUCUCACAUAAAAUGCGAGAAACAUGUCUGAAACUGGGGAUUUUGACAGAAGAUAAAUGUCCUUCCUUAUCUGUGUCUAAACCUAAAAGCUCAUUGUUCUCUUUCAUUCACAAAUCAAUGCAAGAAUUCCUGGCUGCAGUGAAUAUUGGUAUCAAUUUUAAUACAAAAAUAAGUUCACCAGGUAGUACAAUUAAUGUUAAAUUAGCCCAAAAGUUUAUUACUGAGGUUUUUCAGAAAUGUUCAACAGUAAAUGACAUAUUAGAACAGUCAAAUGUUAUCAUUAUGCUAUCUGGUCUUGAACCUAGAUUAGCAACACAUGUUUCAAAAUACAUAUAUGAUACUGUGUCAGAAGACUCUUGUGUUCAGGAAUACAGAAGAACAAUAAGUAGUAACAUUUAUAGGGAUCAUAGUUGUAUAACUGAUAUUCAAAGGCUUAUGUUUGAUUCAAUGGAAGAAUUAAAUGCAGCAUGUAGUGUAGGAAAUAAAACUGUAUUUUAUAUUAGAGAUUUGGUCAUUAAUAAUAGUGAGGAUUGUGAUAUUGUUUGUACAGGUAUUGAUCAGAAACAAAUUGCUUCUGACUUUGUCCAGUCUAUUAAAGUAGAUUUUUACAACACAAUAAAUGUUAAAUUUACAAAAAGAGUUCAAUUGUUUAAUCAUCUUGAAAAAUUUGAAAUGAAAUAUACAUACGAUUGUUCAAUGUUAUCUAGAACACAAAGUGAUAGUAUACAGAGUAAUGAACAAAUGAUUGAUGAGGUUAAUAAUUGUGUGUCUAAGACAAUUACAGAAAAUACUUUAACAUUAAAAUCUCUGUCUCUUGGUAGUGAAUAUCACACUGAUAAGUAUAACCCAAUGUGUAAAACAGUUGUUAGUAACCUACCUAGUAUGAUUAAUCUUGUAGCAAUAAGUAUGACUGAGAUAACAAUGAGUCAUGAUGAAACUACUUUAUUUUGUAAUUUUCUUGAGAGAACUAGUAAGCUUAAACAAAUACAUCUUUAUAAUGUAAAAUGUGAGUGUAUGAAGCAACAUGAUGUAAAUUUAUCAAAACAUCAAGAACUACAGUACCUUAAUUUGAAUGAUGCUGUUAGUGUGAUAGAUGCUGAUACAACAAACUUUGAAAUAUUUAAAUUUGGGCAUUUGCAAGACAGUAAUUUUGAGAAAAUAUUUGAUAGUAUUAGAAAAUCUUGCAAAUUGAAAAAACUAACAUUGUAUGGAGAAUAUGGCAAUAAAUCUCAAUUAUAUCAUACCAUCAUAACAAAAAGACUAGUCACAGUAUUACCAUUGUUACACAAUCUCAGUAAGCUUACGUUAGAGUAUUGUAGGUUAACUGACACUAUAAUACAGUCGCCUUUAGAGAUGAAGGGUUUAAAGUACAUAAGGUUUAAUAAAGUCACAAUGAGUUUGACAACAUGGCAGAAGUUUGUUGAUAGUCUUCCUCACAUUCCUCAUACUGUAGAUGUGAAUGCAGGGUUCUGUGAUAUAACAGGAGAUGGUGAGGAGUUUAAUGAUGAUAUGUUUACAAUGACAUCACAAGAAUUUGAAGUUGGGAAGGAAGAUGAUGCUGUACAGUAUGUAAAGGAUAAGGAUCAGUUAUUUUAUGUUAAAUGUGAUGAUGCUGAAUGGUUUGAAUUUUCAACAAAAACAGGAUAAAGCAUGGAUGUAUGCAGUUAACAUAGUGUUAAAACUUAGUUAUAAUAAUUGCAUUGUAAAAGAGAUGAUACGUUUGCUUUUUUCAUUUUUGACAAAAAAGAAAAUGAUCUGAAUGUUUAACAUGCAGUUAACAUAGUGCUUAAUCUAUAUUAUUUCACGAUAGAGAAAUAAUUAAUAAAAUAAACAUUAUCAGCAAAAAAAAAAUAAUAAUAAUACUAAAGUUGCACAUUGAUAUGUUAAAUAAUGAAUGUAAUACAAUAUGAUAAAUAACAAUCAUCAAAAACAGUUCAUUUAAUAUCAAUUUCUGAUCAUUGUAGUAAUAUUGAAAUUGAUGAAAGUAAUAUUCAAAUGUGUAUUUAAAUAAAUAAUUGAAAGAAAUGCAGUGAAAUAUAAAGAAAAUUAAGGUAACUGUUUUUUUAAAGAUCAGGGAUAGUUUGUGAAAAGUAUGAUUUGAAAAAGUAAUAGGUUCUAAUUAUAAAUAAAUAAAUACAUAAAUAUAUUAGCAAGUAAAUAAAUUAAUGAAUAAGUAAAUUUAAUUAAUGGAAAUAUCUUAAAACAGAUGUUUAAUGUACAAGGUCAGAAACAGUAAAAGAUUAAUAUAACAUUCAAAUACCAGUUAUAUAAUAUAUAAUAGGAUAAAGGAAUGGUAUAUGCAAAUACCAGUUAUAUGAUAAAUAUGUCAAGAGAAUGGUAAAUACAAGUUAUAUGAUAUAUAGGACAAGGGAAUGGUUUAUAUGAAUAUUAGUUAUUUGACAUUUAGGCCAAUGGAAUGGUAUAUAUGAAUACCAGUUAUAUGAUAUAUAGGACAAAUGAUUGGUAUAUAAAAAUACCAUAUAUGUAUAUUAUAUGUUAAAUAUGCAAAGGAAAUGGUAUAUAUCCAUACCAGUUAUAAGAUAUAAAGGAAAAUGGAAUGGUAUAAAUGAAUACCAGUUAUAUGUUAUAUAAAGCAAAGGAAUGUGAUAUGUAAAUUCCUGUUAUACAAUAUUUAGACAAUGGAAUUAUUUAUAUUAACACCAGUUAUAUGAUAUAUAGGACAAUGGAAUGGUAUAUAUAAAUACCUGUUAUAUGAUAUAUAUGACAAGUAAAUUGUUUUAUUGAGAUGAGGACCAUUUACAUGUUAUAUUUUAGAGAUUCCUUCUUUGAUUGUUUUAUAUUGUAAAGAUUGUAAAAAUUUACAAAUUGUAAUUAUGGAAAACCAUAUAUGUGUACAAGUUAAUAAUGUUAGUCAGUAUUAUUCAAACAGUAUCGUUAAAGGGUCUCCACUGAGGAUAAUAUUUUCUUCAUUUCUUGACAUGAUAGGACGGGAGUUAUGUUGUUGAGGUUUCAUACUAUUUGAAGAAGAUAUAUUACUUUUCAUGUAAAAAAAUUGUAUGCAAAAUUUCAGAUUAUUUGCUCACUUUGAUUUUCCAAAAUACUAGUAAUCAUUUUAGCUCGGCUAUUCAAUGAAUAGAGAUAAUGCUAUAAUAGUACUAACCGCAUUGGUAAGUAAUGUCCUGUCGACAGUGUUUAAAUGUUUAUAGCUAAAGUCCGUGAAAAUUACACUUCAUUAAUAUCGAUUUUCAAUUUUAUUCCGACUAUAAUUCUUUAGUAUCAUUUUUGUGUCACCUCUAUGGAGUAGUGGCGACAUAUAUGAAUCACUUCUCUGUCGUCUGUCUGUCUGUCCGUCCGUCACAAAACUUGUCCAGACUACUCCUCAUAAACUACUGGUGCAAUUUCAUCCAAAAUCUACAGGAAUGAUCAGUACCAAGUCUAGUUGUGCAUAUUGUCAGCAUUUUCCGGUUCAAUGAUUUUUGUAAGAGUUAUGGCCCUUUAA